GCGGAAAAUCCGUAGAUACACACUCAGCAUUGAAUUAAAGUAAGUUUUUCUCAUUCUACUGUGUAGUUUGGCAGCAUCGUUUAUCCGUAUUUGGGAACCAGCAGUACAUUUCGAUUGGUAUUAAGUUAAAGUUACAAUACUUACAACUUGAAGUUGUCUUGUUACUUACUAAUCUCAGAUAAGACUACUUGUCUACUGCCACUGCUAACUUGGUCAACUUGGUAAAUGUGCAUUUAACAACAUGGUCUUGCCAAGUGUUGUCUCACCCUAAGCACGGUGACGUCAAUUUGGAGAAUCCCAAUAUACAGGACCUGGGGGUGACAGGACCAAGGAUUGGACCUGAAAAAUGAGAAUGAUAACUUUCGUGUUCUUCACUGAGCAAUGCCAUUAUUAUUAUUUAUUAUUCGCGUCAAAAACAUAAGUUAUAAGUCGUCUACAAAUGAUUUAACACCUCCACGCCACAUGGGGUGAAUAUCUGACAGGCCCUCGCCCGCACUGCCUGAUAAUCCAUACAGUUAAAUGAAAUUUCCCAUUGGUUUUUUAUUAAAAUUCAACUUACAAGAUUAAAAAGAAAUAGAGGAACUCAUCCUUGUUGAUUACCCAAAAUGAACACCGGAAAAAAGAUGCGGGCAUGUUUAAAAGUGCAAAUUUUUUAAUGCUUAAAAUAAAGUGAACCAACGAAGUCCCUGUAAUAUAUCCUAUUCAUUUCUAUAAUGAAUAAUAAUGUCGCAAUUUAACAGGACAUUUCAACAUAAUUUCUGGGGAGGGGCUCCCAACGUCUGCCCCUCCUUUAAAUUCAAUACAAAAAUAAAAACGCAAAUUAUUUCUGGGGAGGGGAGACCCCCCUCUGUUGACCCUUCUCUUUCUUUCUAGACAAUAAUUACAAAAUGAGAAUGAGAAGCAAAAAAAAACCAACAAAUAAUUACAGAACUAAAUUUUGAAAUGUUUUGAAGUAUGGCCGUUAGUUGAUCUGGGGAAUCUCCAUGACCUAUAUAACUGUGGAAGUCAUCGCUGGCCCUGCCGUUUACUACUUACUGCAUUUUACUUAGUUACUAUUGGUCUUUUUUAAUAUUUGAAUUACAGCUUAGCCCAAUGUCGGCAAUGUCUAAGCCUAAGUGUCUAAAAUAUUAGCCUAAAUUGCCCUAAUUUAUUAAUAGCAAUAAUACUCUAAUUAGGCCCUAAUUAGAAUAUUAUUGUUUUAAUAUUAACUGUAAUCUACCAAAAAUUUGAAAAUUGUGUUCUGGUUUGAAUAAUUAUUUAAAAGGCACUCUGAUAUCACCUGGAAAACACCAAAAAAACAGUGUAUACUGAUUUCGUUAUCAAAAUGGCUGCCUCCACUUUUUAAUUUACAUAGUCUCGUAUUUAGGAGUUUUUUGCCAUUUAUAGCCCAACAUGCACAUUCUAUUUCCACACAUAUCUGAGAGUAGACAUAUUUUUUUAUCAUUAGACAUUAGUGUCAUUUGACAGUUCAGUUCUGAAAAGAAUUUGAGGUCUUAACUUAAAAAUUGUAGGUAAAGUAAUGCCAACUUAACUCAUUUAUAUUUUUUUGUGGAGGUUAGGACGCGGUUCAUUGGUGAAAAAAGAAAAACCAAAUUUUUGUCACAUGUGUUUCAAAAUUACUUCUUAUCGAUUACUGACUUUUAAAAAAAAAGUAAAUAACUUGAUUUACACUGGAAAUCCAGCUUAUUAACCCAUAUUAACUCAUUUAAAAACAUAUAUAUAUAGGGCCUAUAAGCCUAGAAUAGUAUGUAGUAUUUUAAGUAAAGGCAUAGCCCCCCCCCCCCCCCCCCCCCCACCCUUAUUCAUGCCCCUCACUUUUAAAAAAAAGGCAAACCCCCCCCCCCCCCCCGAACCUAUUAUUUGCAGGGCCCAUUAUUUAUUCUAUGUAAUGUAAUGAUAUUUUAAUGAAUAUUGUGAUUUUUAAGGCAUAAAUCAAAUAAAAAUGUAAACAAAAAUACUCGCUUACCGUUUACCUUUGAUAUUGAAAUAUCCUAUAUUUAAUCACAUAUCACAAUAUUCCACAAGAGAUUUAUUGUAUAAUUCUCAGAAAUCUCCAAGAAAAAGCACACUUUCUGCCACGAUAAUCCAAGAAUUACUUAAGCUAUUACUUAAAGAACAACAUUUCUGCUCUCUGCUAGCGCAGCUGUUAAGGGGGUUUUACACUAGGGUAAAAAAAAUAUAAUAUUUACUUUACAGGGAACAUAGUGAAAUAUGAGAAGAAUUUUUAAUUCAAAUUGUUUAAAUUUUUCUAUUUUAAAAAUUUUGUCUGUUCAAUAAUUUUAAAAAUAGAAAUUUCUCAUCUCGUUUAUGUUUGCAUGAGCCGCCCAUCUGUCCGAGACAAUAAGUGAGCCUGGAAGGAAUUAUCUCUCUAUGCAAUCCUGUAAAGUCAUAGCACAUCUGUCUAGCUUUUAAACAAGAAAACAGCAAAGACUCUCUCUUUCUAUGUCAGUGAAAACCCAGUGGCCCUUUCUCCACUAUCCACUCUGGUGUUUCCUAUUAACAGAGACCAAUAAAAGUAUAACCGUUAAAAUAGCACUUAAAGUCGGAGCAACAUGAUUAACUGGCUAGGAGUACCACUAUUAAGUUUGGUAAAUUUAUGUUAUCCGGGUCUCCUCUUUUUGGGUGUUUGUGCACUACUUUUUUUUUGACAUGGCCGCCACUGACUUAGUCUUAGCAUUCGCAUAUAUUUAUAUUGCUGUAGUCCUAUUAAUCCUAUUAGUCUGCCCUGUGUUAUAUUAAUUUUAAUAUAGACUGGGGCCCAUAAAAGAUCCUUGGCUGGAUUUGGGUUAGAGGUAAGGUAGGCGAUGUGUUCCACUGUGCAUAAUAAAUAUGUCAUGAAAGCUCCCCAAGUUCCACUUCUGGCUAUGGUGCUGUCUUCAAAUGAUUUCGACUUUUGCUUUGUAUUUAUCUGAUACAAGUUUUUUUUUUCUAUUUGGUAGGGCCAAAUAAAAAAUGUAUUUCUUAUAGGCCCAAGUGUUGCCACCCACUUAAAUUUUUUUUUUGUUAUACAUCCUAAUUGACUAUUUUUAAUAUUACCAGUAUUGUAUUCUUACUUUCAGAUUUCAGGAAACAUGUAAUAUUCCAGUUGUUAGAAUCCGGGAGUGACAGAUGGAGCAAAGUGCACCCAGUAAAAUUGAAUAUACAUGUCCCAUAUGUAUGUACCUUCUGAUCGAACCUGUCACCCUACCAUGCAAGCACUCUUUUUGUUUGACGUGCUACAGACAAACUGUGGAGAUCUCCAAUCUGACCUGCCCUAUUUGCAGAAUGCGUAUAUCAGUGUGGGCCAGGAAGGCCUCCAAAAGCAACACCCUGAUUGACCAAGUGAAAUGGCAAUAUAUAAAGGAGGCAUUUCCCCUUGAGGUACAGCAUAGAUUGGAAGGGGAGGACUAUGAUGAUGAGGAAAGUGAUUUUCAAGAGGAUCAUGAAACCCGUAGGUUAAUUUUUAAAACAUUUAAAUUAUAUGCUUUUUUUUUUUGUUUGUUUUUUUAAAAACUCCAACACUGUCUUUUUAUUUGUUAGUUUUUUUUCACUUUGUGUUUUUUUUUUUUUUUUUUUUUUAAAAACUCUAACUUUUUUUUUUUUUUUUUUAUUUUUUUUUUAUUUUUUUUUUUUUUUUUUUUUUUGUUAUUGUUGUAAUGAAAGGCAGCAUCUAUGAUAAUAUUAAUGACUUUAGAUUUAUUAACUUUUCAGAGCUACGAAAUUUUUUUUUUUUUUUUUUUUUUUUUUUUUUUUUUUAUAUUUUCUUUUUUUUUUUUUUUUUUUUUUUUUUUUUUUUUCUUUGUGUUUUUUUUUUUUUUUUGUUAUUGUUGUAAUGAAAGGCAGCAUCUAUGAUAAUAUUAAUGACUUUAGAUUUAUUAACUUUUCAGAGCUACGAAAAUUAAAGGAAAUAUCGAGACCUGGGGAAAUACGACAAGAGUAUGAAGCUGCACUUGAAAAGGUGAAUUGAACUUUGUGGAAGUAGGAUGUGUAUUAUUUCUGUCUGAUAUAUUCAUGUGUGUAUGGAGUUUACAGCCUCAUUUGGAUAAAACCUUGAUCAAUCAUUCAAUGGUCACGUUUGAAUAGAUUAACCCUAAUGUCGAAAUGUGAUACAUGGUUAAGAAAAUGAACUCAGAUUUAUAUAUUUUUUUUUUUUGCUCUCCCCUGAGCAGAAUUCUUCUCUUACUUUCUAUAGUUUCUAAGUAUGAAAAUUCUCAUCUCCUCUAAUGAAUUUUUCAGCUUCAACGUCAGCGAGAGGAAGAGGCAAAACGAGAAGAAGAGGCCAGUGCCGCCCUGAUCCGAGCACUGCAGCAGGAGGCAGAUGAAGAGAUGGUGGAGCGGCUGCGACAGAAAGAAGAACUGGAGAAGAUAGACAAGGAGGCAGCAAUAAGACUUGAACAGGUUUGUUAUUGUAAAGUGUUUAUCUCACACUCAAGAUUGUAGGUACAGCACAUAGCUUUUCAUGCUUCUUGGUACAGUACGUAGCUUGUCAUGAUUGUUUGUGCAGGUCUUAGCUAUAGGUCUCCCUCCAUGUUGGACAGUACGUUGCUCUCCCUGCUUGUUGAUUCAGUGCAUAGCUCUUCAUUCUAUUAAAUUAAUUUUGAAGUGACAAAAGUAUUUGAAACAUCUGUCUGGUAAGCACAACUAUUAAAUGUAUUUACGAAUAUGGAUUUGAAUUUUAUAUUGAAUCGAAGGAUGACAUAUAUUAUUGAUCAGCAUUUCAUUAAAAUCUAUAAAAAAGCAUGCUAAAAUAAAUUCAAUUAAACACAGCCAAGUCUAGAACCUAUUCUGGACGCAUUUUGAAAAAUUCUAAUCUGACCACGUAUCUGUUUUAUUUUGGAUCUUUAGUAUUACUAUUUUUAAAUUUAACUUUUUUUUUUUUUUUUUGAUGUUUACACAACACACAGGUCUCUAUAAGGUCAAGCGUGGAAAAUCGAAGUCCAGUCCCCAAAACAACAUUGAAAAGAGGAUCUAAAAAGGGCAAGAGAAAUCAACCACCAAUCAAAGGAGGAAGUUUCUUAACUUUGAAUACAUUUUUCAACACUGUUCCACAUUCAGCCUUCCUCAAUGAUUCUCUAAGCCCCAAACAAAGAACAAACGGCACUCGAAGUGAUCACGUCUCACGCCUGAUGGAUUUGUCUGCCAGUAUGGGUCAACUUUCAGAAGAUCAAUUGGAUCCUGGCCCCAGUGGCCAGCAAUACCAAAGCAUGAGGGGUAAAGCUGAGAGGAAGACUGCAAAUAAUAAAAUAUUAACAGAGAGCUGUGAGUAUGAUGUCAAGACGCUGGAAAUCUCAGAGUUCGAGGUACAUCAUCGGCUGGGUGAAAGGCGUCAUGUGGUCCCGUCCCAACGUUUGGGUCAUUCCAUGGCCAGUAAUCCUGUGCAAGCUGAAUUCUCACCUUUGGUCAGUCUGACCGCAGCUCAUUCAGACAACCCGCCCGGUGAAGAUAACCAGUUACCACUUUGUGGUCAUCGGAGUAGAAGUUGUGUGAAUAAAAAUAAAACACUGGCAGGUCACACGGUUUCCUGCCAUGGUCAUGACAAAACCAUACUUUGUCAUGGGUUGAGUUCGUGCCAUCAGAAAGAUGAGGUUGAAAAUUUAACAAUGCCGCCUGUAUUAUCUGCUGAGGAAAUGAGUGAAGGAGACACCGAGGUGUAUGGAGAUGGGGAGGUUUCAUUUAAGUUCAAAUCUGUUGAGUCUGAAAGAAAUUUUAGUGAGGAAAGGGAACAGUCGAGUGAACCUGUGAAUGAUGAUGAAUUUAAUCCAGUCGUGGGGUCUUCUGGUGAUUCCAUAAGGUCUUGUGAUCCUGACGAUUGUGAAACCGUGUCAUCUGAUGACGGACAUAUCAAACUGACAUCGUGUCCUGAAAAUGUUGGCAAGAGAAGUGUGCAGCGUGAUGACACGUGUUCGAGUGAUGGGGAUGAAAGCUUGAGGAUUAAAUGGGACAGUGAAAUUUCUUUGAACAUCACAGAGGGAAAUUCCAAUUCAGAGUCUUCUAUGUUUUAUGAAGAUUAUUGUGAGGAUACAUGGGAAAAGAAGGAUGUUGAAGGACUUCCUUCAGGCAAUGUCAAUGGUACUUUAGUCUUUGAGAGCGUCACAGAAACUAAUUGCAGUGGUGGUGGUCAUUUGAGUAAAAAUGUGAAUAAUAACUCCAUGAUUAAGGGCAAUGUGAAGACGGCACCUGUGAAUUCUAAAAAGAGCACUGGCCUAUCAAAGAACACUUGCCAAUCAGUUCUGAAGUGGCUUCACACAGGAGAUAAGAAGGCAUCUGAUCUCAAGUUACCUAGGAAAAGAAAAAGAUUGAGUAGUGGACUGGGGGAGGGCACUAGUAAUUCUAGUGAAUCUCCAGUUAAGGAUGAGAUGACCGUGAGUCUGGAGGAUGUGGAUCAGAGUCACAUGACUCAGGAGCAGUCUGAUCAUUUGGUUGCCCUAAGACUGCAAAAGAUGUAUGAGAAGCUGGAUAAAAGUAAUAUCCGAGUGGAUCGAUUCAAAGGCGCCAAGGAUCAGUAUUCAUUAAGAAAAAAAAGAAAGCUGACCCAGAAAGCCAAGUCCACCUUGUAGCAUUUGGGAUAAUAUAAUUGUAGGAUAUAGGAUAAAGCAAUUGUAGGAGUUACUUUGUUGGACUCAUCUAACUGUUUUAUUGCCCAAGUCUGCCAAUUUUAUUUUUACCUGUGAUGAAUGUCAUGAAUAUUAUGAGCAAACAACAGCCCUGGUCUUUUGUGCCUGUCACUGCACCCUCAACUACAGUCAAGCCUGUACAUGUGCCAGUCACUGCACCCUCAACUACAGUCAAGCCUGUACAUGUGCCAGUCACUGCACCCUCAACUAC